ACGUGCAUCAAAUCUUGGUCUUCCGCCGAUUCAAUAUGCUGCUGCGCAUCCGCGCCGACGGUGGGCGCAAGCUUGCCAAGAAGACGGGCAUGGCCGCGAUGGUCGACGCAAAGCCCGACCCCUACCUGAUCGUGCGCAUCGACGGCAAGAGCACGGUAUUCCCGGUCGUCGACGAUGUGGACGCGGCCGAGUUUACAUGGGGCGCCGACGCCGUCCGCGAUCUUCCGUGGCCAGCGACGGCCACCGAGAUGGAGAUCCACGUCAAAGACAAGGAUCUCAUCUCGGACCACCAUAUUGGCGCCGCCAAGGUUCCCUUGGGGCCGAUCCGCGACGCGCUCUCAGCUCCAAGCGCCAAGAUCUCGCGCAACAUCGACCUCGACUUUGCCGACGAGAAGCUCAAGACCAAAAAGUUCUCGGGGCAAAUCACACUGACGUUCGAACGCAUUGAACCGACGCCAGCACUGACCACAGCCGCAGCUGCCGCUACCGUUCCCGACGCCAAACGCGACACAAAGGAAUCGGCGCCAGAGGCGAAGCCAGCACCACCCGAGGCGACGCCCGCGGUAGCCAACACAACACCGACACCUCCCGAGGCAAAGCCUGUCGCGGCCGACGUCCAACCCACAGCGCCGAACGCUGCUACCUCGGUGGCAUCCACAGCGGCGAUCUCAGCUGCCUCUGGCGCUGCUGCCUCCGAGACCCCCAUAGCGACUGUCGCUCCGUUGACAGAGGCCAAAACGACAGUGGCAGCAGAGGGCUUGGCGCCUCUUCAGCCGUCCAAAGCAUUGAGCCAGAAAGGAAGUUUGAAAAAGGCGGCGUCCAAGAUCAACGCGCUAGCGCCUCUCUCAACACAGCCAAGCGCCAAGACCAUGGCACCCGCGACAGCUGCUCCCGUCGACGCACCACCGUCAUUGCCUUCCGAGAAGGUGUCGCUUGCGGCAGAAACCAUAGCGUCCGGUCACCACCUCGUGCGCGUCCAGGCUGUCGGCGGUCGCAACCUCGCGCCCAAGUCGCGUCUCGAGCGUUUGGUGGACCAGUACCCGGACCCGUACAUCACACUGGUCGUGGGCAGCGACACGCGCGUAUACCCCGUCGUCGACGACGUCAAAACGACCGAGUUUACGUGGGGCGCGGACGCAGUGCACGAGUUUGAGAUCCCACUUGGUACGAAGAGCCUCUCCGUCGCGCUGCACGUCAAGGACAAGGACCUCGUGCUCGACCAUUACAUUGGCGGCACGACCUUCACGCUUGACAUGGACACGCUACUCGCUGCGAAAGCGCUCCCGGACCUCGUCUACACCCUCGAGUACGACAACCCCGCGUUCAAAACCAAAUCGAAAACCACCCGUGGCGAGAUUCUCCUCUCCUUCUUCCUCGUCACGGCCGUCCAGGCUACUGCCACUCCGGCGCCACUGCCCGCCGUGGGCUCGCCGCAGACGCCCGCCGUGGGCUCGCCGCAGACGCCCGCACCGGCGGAUGCGCCGGCAGAGACAUCCGCCAAGACACUUAUCGAGACGCCUUCCGAGACGGUGGUGCAUCGCCGCGCAAGCGUCGAGAGCCGCCUCUACAAAGGGUCGCUGCAAGUGAUCGCUCAUAGCGCAGACGGCAUUCCGAUCCCGCCGCGCAAGAUGCUGAGUCUCGACCGCCUCGCCGACCCGUACGUGCUCUUGAAGCUUGGGGCGGCGUCGGCCGAGCUGCCGCAGGCCAAGGACGGACACGACAAGCCCAAGUGGCACAACGCGCUGCACCUCUUCGAGCACUUUGACUCGAGUCUUGUGCCGUGGAUGGACGUGCUUAUCUACGACAAGAACUUGGUGUUUCAGGACAGCUACCUCGCGGGCGCGCGCUUGUUGCUCGCCGAUGUCCUCGCCAACGUGACGCCCGAGCUGCCGUGUGUACUGACGCUGCCGCUAAACCUCGACAAAUUGCUGCAGCCGACCGAGAAGGCGCUCGGCACAAUCACGCUUUCGCUGCUCUUCACGCCCGACGACGCCAACCACAUCAACUGGACGGGUCCGUCGGUCGGGUGCAUUGGCUUUUCCAACUUUGCGCUCAGCGUGACCGGCGACCUCGUGUCAUCAACUAUGGAGCUCGUGCUCGACAUUAGCAUUCGCCGACACGUGCUGGCGACGGAAGGGUUUGUGACGCAGUCGACGGACCCAGUCGCCGGCGCCGACGCCGUCGCAUGGCCGACGACCGCGCUAGUUGUACCGUACGGCCUCUACCUCCACGACGGUAUUACCAAAGACAAGUGUCCCGUGGUGCUCUUCGCGGUGCGCGACCGGUCGGCGAUCCUUCACGACAAGCCGAUCGCGCUCGGGCACGUCCCGUUGCUCGAUGUGCUGGGGCUUCACACGACCAAGCACGUCGUGCUCCUGAGCCAAAAUAGCAUGCGGUCCGGCCGCGCGACGCUCAGUGUCGCGGUCGCCCCCGCCAAGUCCCCACGUGGCACCAGUGCCGAUUUUGCGGCGACGCCCGGGCGGCUGCGCGUCAUCUUGCUCGGUGCGACGCUAACGCCGAGCAAACGGCAGGGACCAUACGAGAAAGUACGCCUCACGCUAACAGCCCCGGCAACGACCGGCGCCGUCAGCUCGGUGCAAACCGACACGGUGGAUCCGACGGCCCACGGUGCGCUGGUCGUGCUCAACAGCGUGCUCGAGCUGCAGUACCUCGCGUCGCACGUUGCCAACGCGGCCGAGUUUGCGCCGACGUUAUCGCUCUUCACGCACAGCAGCAAGCUGCUGUGCUCCCUGCCGCUUCCGGUGCUCUCACUGCUCCAGCAACACGAACAUGGAGAAUUUACGCUCGAGCUCCAACACGAGGCGUCGACCGUGUGCGUCCUAUCGAUGGCGCUGACGGUCGAGCCGAGCACGUUGCCACCAGAGACGAUCGCUGCCGUCGCAUCGGCCGUCGACUUUGGCCCGGGCUAUCUCCAUAUUGUGGUGCUUCAGGCCGAAGCGGUCGUUCUGGAAGGCGGCACCUCGAUCACCGACCUUGAGCCUGAAGUCCGCGUGAGCAUCAAGCCGCGGUACACCAAAGACAAGCGGGUGACGUCAAGUGCCAAGACGCGGCCGCUUGAAGUCGUCGCACCCAACCCUUCAUGGCACGAGUACCUCAAACUCGAGUUCAUUCCGUCCGACGACAUCGCGACGCUGCACGUCCCGCCCACCGUGACGCUGUCUCUCAACGAAAUCAAGCCGCCGGGCGAAGACAGCGUUAUGCAUGUACUGGGGGCCGCCGACCUCCCGCUCGCAGCGUUCUUGCCGGCGACGGCCAACGCCGAGCCGUUUGCGACCAAAGUCGACUUGCUACGAGGCAACAAGUCGGUCGGCAGCCUCUACAUUGUGGGUAUCUUCGAGUCGCUUACCGCGCCCGAGGAGACACGCAAGGCAGUGCACGCGCACGCCCGCCGGCUUCGGACAACCACCCUCUCGAUCGAAGGUGUCUCGUCGAGCGACGGGCGACCUGGGCGCUUCGAAGUCCAUUUGCUGCACGCCACGGGCCUCUGUCACCCGCCCCACGAGCCAAUUGCAUGCGACGUCUGCGUCGCGUCGGCGUCCGAUGAGAGCGUGCGCGUCGAGUCGCAGCCUGACGAGAGCAGCGCCGGCGAGCUCACUUGGGACCGUCAACUGACGCUCUUUACGCGAUCAGCAACGUCCGACUACCUCCGUCUCGACUUUUUCGUUCGGUCCAUUAUGGUGGGCUAUCUCAAGAUCCCGAUCGCUACGUACAGUCAGGUGCCCCGCAAAGCGCAUCGCGAGCUCCACGAUAUCGUGCUCAAGACCAAGGACAAGGACGCGCGUACCAAGCCCCAGGCGCUAUUGGAGCUCGCCUUUUUUCCCGACGAAGCGCUUCCGAUGUUUGCGCCGACGGCGACCCGCAGUAGCGAAACCGGUCGCCUCCUCCUCAAGCUGGACGCGCUCGAGCCCGUCGCCGUGGACGUCUUGGAGAAGAAGCUCGCUUUGCGCUGCACGCUGUUGUACGCCACGGACGCCAGUGUCAUGAGUGCGUUUCGCGUCGGGUCCAAGACCAAAGUAGCGUACGGCGACGUUCUGGAGCUGGCUGUACCCAACAAGUAUACGCAGCACACGUCGUCGCUCGGCACUUGUCCGCAGCUGCGCCUCGAGCUCGUCAACGGCAGUUCGGCGUUCGGGAAGGAGGCCGUGUCGAGCGACGACGUUGCGAUUCAAAGCCUUCUCUUCCACCCGCACAUGGUGCUCACGAAGCGACUGCCGCUGUCCACGCUCGGCGCAACACCCUCUUGUGUUGGCUACGCACGCGUCCAGUUGGUCUACAUACCAUCGGAUGCACCGCCAAAAGCCAAAGCCAUCGAGUACUUUGCCGUUCCCGACGACGAUGAGAGCGCGAGCCGCGUGCUUCUGCCGCAGCGCGGUGUGCUCUCGGUGCGCGCGAUCGCCGGCCGCAACCUCGAAGAAGUCGAUGUCCUUGGAGAGCAGGACCCGUACAUCCAACUGCGCACGCUACCGCGGACGUAUGCGUCGACAACGCCGGCGUUUGCCCAGAGCGCCGUGUGCUUGAACAGCGGCCGCCACCCCGUGUGGAACUCGCCCGUGUUUCCGCUGCUGGUCGACGACGUACAGACGACACUUCUCUCGAUCGACGUGCUCGACUCGGGCGAAGAAGACCACGUCCCGGACGCGCUAAUUGGCAGUUCGAGCGUCAGUCUCGCCGCGCUCUUGGCGGUUCGCGACGCCGACGCCGACGCGUCACGCUGGAGCGAACGCUGGUUCCCGAUCGUGGGUCGUGGCACCGACGCUGGCACCGUGCGCCUCGAGUACCGAUUCAUACCGGACGACGACGCGCGGCUGCAAAGCGAGCCGCCGACGCCGUACACCAACUGCGUCGGGGGAGGUGGCACACUCCACGUGCGCCUCCUCCGCGCACGCCAUCUUCCGUGCACGUCUGGCAUGACACCUGCCCUGCGCGCGGUCGUGGAUGCGUCGCCAGGGUUUUGCCACGUCACGCGCGCUGAAUCGAAACAUAUUCGACACCCCGUCUUUGACGAAGCGACGUCGUGUGCGCUGCGCUGGACCGCCGACCGCAGCGAGAGCGUUCUCUUGCAGCUGCACAUUGUCGACGUUAGUGCGCACGUGGCCAGUGCGAGCUUGCCGAUUCUGGCGCAAACGACGCUCCAUCUCGCCCCGUUUGUGAUUCAUCCGGGCGAGGUGCACCAGGCGUGGCAUCAACUUCGGUCGUUUGCCUUGUCCAAUGACGCGAGCGAGGGUCCGUCAGUCGAAGUCGCCUUGCAGUUUAUACCCUUGUCCGACACGACGUCCACGCCGUUCGCCGAGCCCGUGCCCGAGGCGGUGUCGGGACAAGUGCACGUCAAGAUCCUCGAAGCAGCGUUCCGGUCGGCCGCGGUCGACACGCCGAGCGUGCGCGUCGAGCUGCGCACGGGCAGCAAAGUACAAGCAAAGAGCACGGCGCCGUAUAUAUCGCCGGCCGACGAGUAUGCGCGCAGUGUCUGGAACGAGUCGGUGCUCUUCGACUGCGAAACAGUCGCCGAAUCGGGCUUGCCGACGCUGCGCUUUCGCGUCGCUAACGCUGCCACGUCAUUUGGCGAACUCGAGCUGCCGCUCUUCCCGUUUGUGUUGGCCAAAGGCCACCUCUGCAGCGCAUGGUACCCGUUGUACCUCCAGCACCAGCUCACGGCGCAGCUCAAGGUCGAGGUGCAGUUUCUUCGCACGCAGAGCACCAAGCCGCCGCCGCCCGACACGAGUUUUCUCUCGAUCGAAGUCGUCGAAGGCCGGCAUUUACGGCUGGCGCAAGACGGCGCCGACGCCCAAGACCCAUUUGUAGAGCUGACGCUCCUCGGUCAGACAUUGACGACCAAGCCCCACGUUGACGGCGGACGGGAUCCGAGCUGGAAUGAGACGUUCGAGGUGCCGCUGACGGCGUGGUCGUCAUCGAGCAACCUCCCAACGCUGACCAUUUCGGUGCGCAACGCCGAUGCGAAAAAGCACGGCGCCGGCGUCAUUGGCGAGUGCCAUUGGGUCAUCCCGAAAGAUGUGCUUCUCGACGGCAAGCUCCGGGAUGUGAUUCUCAAGCUCACCGGCGCCACGGACGGUGUCGACGUCCGUGACGACGUUAAUGACGGCAACGGCGAUAUACAGCUGCGUCUCAAGCGGGGCAAGCUGCCGUCAGUGGUCUAUGGUGACGCGCCGCAGGUGUCCCUUAUGUCGGCCGGCGAGACGUCGGGCGAAGCGGGUCGGGCGACCAACACGGCUGGUGUCCUCUACCUCUUCUCGCGGGCCCCACCCACCGAGUUGGUGACCGUGACUGUCGCCACCGAUGUGACCGACGCCAGCACAGAGACUAAGGUGUCCUUGGCGGACGUGGGUGUCGUGCGCGUACCGAGUCAUACGGAGGCGCUCAAGCGAAGUCUCCCGCACCCCGCAACGUCGCUGCGACUGCGCUUGAACACAGGCGCCAUGUCCCUGAGCGCCGACUACGUCCGCACUGUCCUGGCGACGCCACUGCGCGAAUUUCGCGAUACAUAUACGCUGGGCGCCAAGCCAACUGAAGCGAUCGACCUCAGCCUCGUCUACGCCAUGCCCGUGCAAGGGCUGCUGCGCGUUAGCUGCGUCGCAGUCGACGACGUGCCGGUGGUGCCGGGCACCUCGUACUACGUCGAGCACCGCAUUCUGCGCAAUAGUCCGUGGACCAAGAGUCCGCUUGUCAAGGCAACGACGUCGGGUAACUUGACGUGGAAGACGAACCUCGCGCUGCGGGAGCUUACGUACAGCAACCUGACGGAGACGCUGCCGCCGCAGACGCAGUGCGUGCUGUACGCUGCGAGUGGCGACGAGAGCGCAGUCAAAGUCGCGUACGCCCAAGUUUCGCUGCUCAAGUACGUCUUUGCGCCCGGCACGUUGUUUCCAGAGGACGUCGUGCCUCUCAGCUGCGUGAGCGGCCGCCCCCCCGGCGCGCCGAGGCUACGCCUUGCGAUCGGCUUUUACCCGAGUGCCGCAGAGAUAUCGCCGACAAACGACAACGCUAUGGUCCAGGCCGUCGAGCUCGCCGAAGGAACGGCGGCGCUCAAGAAGGCCUUUCUUCUGCUUGGCGGCGACGCCAGCAAACCCAUAUCGAUCGAUGUGUUCCGCGCACACGCCUUGGGGAACGACCAGUGCAUGCACGUGCUGGCGCCCGCGGCCGAAGCGAUUGGCGGUCUCGACAAGCUCUUCGCUGCGAUGGACGCCAACAACGAUGGCGAGAUCUCGUGGGAAGAGUACCUCGACUGCAUGCAGACCGUCCACUGCCUCGCCGAUGCAGUGCUCGCCAAACCCGACGUGGUGGCCUCGACACUCGAAGAUGAAGACGACGAAGAUGACGAGAGCGACGAUGACGUCGAGGUGGUGCCUCAAGACGAUCCACAAGCUGUCGAGAAUCGCCCGACGGCUCCAGUGUCUGUCGUACCGACGCCGUGGGCGACCUUCGAGCCCAUUGCGCCGCUUCCAGCCCUCGCCAAGGGCAUUCCUGACGCCGACAGUGACGACGACGCGCCGACAAGUCAAGUGACCAAGCGAAAUGGACCGCCGCCCAUGAUUCCAGUGCCGAAAGCGUCGCCGUUCCCGAGCGCACCUGCGGCCAAGGCGAUGGUCGCCAAAGCCAAUGUCGCCAACGUAGCGUCCGUCGUCCGCGUCAACGAACGCGAGAUUGCGACAUGGAAGGUGGGCGACGUUGCGCAAUGGCUCGAGCAUACGAUCGAGCUGCCCCAGUACAUUGGGAGCUUUCGCGACGCGUCGGUGGAUGGUCCGCUGCUCUUGACUCUGACGGCAGACGAUUUGGAGCACCAGCUGAACGUGCAGCAGCCGUUGCACCUCCGCAAAUUGGUGGCCAAGAUUGCCGACCUCCAAGACAAGUAUGGCUUGGAAUCACCGCUGCCGCGGACGUCGUCCAAGCACCGACGCGCGCCGCCAGUGUCGUCCAAGAAGGAAGCAAUGUUUGCCGCACGUCUCGACGAUGCCAAGCUCCACGAGCUCGGUGUCCACAGCAUCCAGCGCUCCAAGCUUGACGUCAAGGUUAAGGAUGCCAACCGCAAGAGCAAGGCUGCAACUGCGAUCGCUGCGGCCGACCGCCGACAGUGGAACUUUGAGUACACGGGUGCCCCUGCACCCGAAGCGCCCGUCUCGGUCGUUGAGCGUCUCAGCAAGGUCUUGGCGGAAGACAAAUCGGCGUUCGACGGCGCGAUGGACGAUGUGCUGGCGCAGGUCGGCGUGCUUCGCCCGACACCACCGCUCUUACGGGUGCCUCUGAUCACAACCACGGACGAAGCCGUCGAGAUUCUCAAGCAGUCGAUGUGGCGACUUGGCCACGACUGUGUGCGCGCCGAGAACGACCAGCGGCAGCGCGAUGACGACGCUGCGAGUGACUUUGGAGACGCACCCGACGCGCGAUUGGGGGACGCACCGAGUGACGCGGCCGACGUCAUGAGUGUCACGUUUCGCGAGUUUACGCGGCUCCAAAACAACGGCGCUCGCUGGCUCAACGACAGCGCACCAACCGACGCCAAGCUCUCGCGCCUCAAGUUCCAAGGCGGCCUUCGCUCGCUCCUCAACAUUGAUCUCUCGUGGCAUCAAUUUGACGAGCUGUUUCGACGUCUCGACCGGCGCAAGCUCGGCGAGCUCACGCUCUCCGACUUUGUCGCUGCAUUUGGCGACCCGACGCCGGGCAGCGGUCUCUCGAACGACAUGCGCGUCGUCAACGAAGCGCUCACACGCAUGGUCGAGCGGCUGGACGACCUCGGACUGACCUUGUUGCAGGCGUGGCAGGCAUUCGAUCGAGACAACUCGGGGGCGGUCUCACCUGCCGAGUUUGGGACGCUCGUCAAGUUUCUCACGCACGUCGAGGGCCGGGACGACCUCACCAAGCACCAAGUGUUUCUCAUGAUGGGGGCGCUCGAUACGACGUGCGACCGCCACAUCCAGCAGCCCGAGUUUCUCCGGUUCGUCUUUCUCGUCUGGUCGCACCGCCUCGGGCAGCUCCAAGACUACGUUGCGCGCUACGAAGCGGCGUACGCCCAGCACACGCGCUCCAAAGAGUUUGACGCCAACUUCGAGCUCGUGCUCCAGCGCAAACAGUCGCUGCGGCGCGCGCUGCGGCAAAACUUCUCGCGUCCCUUCCGCGAUGCCAUGCGCUGCGCCCCGGUCGCGGUCCCCGGCCCGUUCCAGAACCUCCUCGAGAAGCUCCAUUUGAGCCCCAUGAGCGACGCCCAUGGUCACACGACUCAGAUCUGGGAGGUGCUCAAGGGCGGCCCGCUACCGGCGGAAACACCGAUCGCGACCCCGUCAACAACCCCAAAACACCGCAAGCGACCGCACACCAACGAGCUUGUCGUGACAAAGCUGCGUCGACAACGCGCGCCCGAGCGCAGCCACAGCGUGCUGCGUGCGCCUCCGGUGGUGGCGCUCGACCAAACCCAGCGUUUAACCUUCGACCGGAAAAAAGACCGCGCGUACAAGUAGGAGUACUAGUUAACGACAAUCAUAUAUCGCCUUACA